CACAGCACACAAGCCAAAAGGAUAGACGUGACCUAUUCUUCUUAGACGCGCCCACCCCGACCAAUGGGAGCGAAGUAUGCAAAUGAUGCUUCCAUUCUGCACUGUGCUACCAAAACACACUCCUCAGAUAGCCGUGCGGGCUCCCAGCGGUGUGUAUAUGUGUAUGUGUGUGUGUAUGAGCUGCCUGUAAUCUCUGCCACUCACAUACCCCCCCAGCCUGGACCCAGCAACCCAAAAAUAGCCUGUGCGUCCCAAUGCAGGCUCUUUAACUGCAUAAGAAAGCCAGCCGACGGAAAACUCAGAAAGAUGAAGUACAAGAAUCUCAUGGCAAGGGCCUUGUAUGAUAAUGUUCCAGAAUGCGCAGAAGAGUUAUCAUUCAGAAAAGGGGACAUCCUGACAGUCAUUGAACAAAACACUGGAGGUCUAGAAGGAUGGUGGUUAUGCUCAUUACAUGGCCGUCAAGGCAUUGCACCAGGAAACAGACUGAAGCUUCUUAUAGGACCAGUGUCAGAUAUUCCUAAACAUGACAUUUCCAAGAAAGAGGCACCACUCCAAUCCUGCUUCCAACAACAAGUGUACCAAGUACCUCAGCCUUCAUAUCAGGACCCAGUCUACCAAGUCCCACCUUCUCACCACAACACAGUUGUCUAUAAAAGCCCCCGAGGUCACAACUCAGAGGAUUCACCACACUAUGUAGAGUGUAUCGAUGACUCUUCUUGUAGCAAAGUAAUUACACCUUCAAAGAUGGGAUGGGAUUGUUCUCCCAGAUGGCAGGGAAACGUCUACGAUGUUCCUCCUACUCGACCUCAGGGGGUCUAUGAUGUUCCACCAGCUAUGAAAAGCAUAAAUCAUUCAAGUCCAGCCAGGGACCUUAUAGAACAAGGAAUUUAUGAUGUUCCUUCUUCACAUGGGGUCUACAAUACCUUAUCACCAACAGUGGAUAAGAUAUACGACUCUCCAUCUCCGUUAAACCAGAGGGCUGAACCAACCUAUGACACUCUUCCCCCAACCUCCAAAGUUAUAUGUCAGGAGCAGUGCAAGAAGUUAAAUGGUGUUUGUCCAACACAAACUGAGCCUGCAUCAAUAAAACCUAGACUAUAUGAUUUUCCACGAAACCAGCAAACUCAACAUUCAGAGGACUAUGACUUUCCCCGAGGAGUUCAGUUCUGUGGAGACAAUGAAUGUUUUACGUCAGACGAACAGGAAGGUGUGUAUGAUUUUCCACCUCGGGUACAUCAGGACAGUAAAGCACUGCACGAAGUAACAGAUGGAGUAAAUAGAUUGUCUUUCUCCAGCACUGGAAGCACCAGAAGCAACAUGUCCACCUCUUCUACAACAUCCAAGGAGUCCUCUGUAACAUCAUCCCCAUCGCAAGACAAAAGGCUUCUUCUGGAUCCAGACACAGCCAUAGAAAUGUUGUUGAGACUGCAGCAAAUGGUGGAAAGUUCUGUCAACAGACUAACAGCCUUUGUCAAUACAGAAUGGCGUUCCUACACAUACAUGGAAAGAUACAUAAAUGAAAUCCAUGCUGCCGUGGACAGAGUAGAGCAAUCUCUGGCUGAAUACCUCCAGUUUGCAAAAGGAGCCACAAGUAAUGCAUCCUGUCUUCCAGAACCUGGUCUUUACAAUAAAAUGAAAAGGGAAUUGCAGAGACUGGGAGAUUCCCGCCAGAUCCUCACACAGACCAUCCAGGAACUUAGCAACUGCAACUGGUCAUUGAACAUCCUCACUCUUAAUAAGGCAAACAACAAGUGUGACAGCCUUGAAAGGUUUGUCAUGGUAGCUAGGACAACUGUAGAUGAUGCUAAACAGCUAACAACUUCAAUCAGUGUUAAUGCUGAUAUUUUGUUUAAGCAAGUGGCAGACAACUUACAUAAAAAGAAGUCAUCGGAGACAAUAAGUAGUGUUCCGGAAUAUAUAUUCAAUGUGUCUAAGACACCAGUAUUACAGGAAGAUAAUAUGCAAAGUCCAGUCCAGCCCCUGCCACAUUUGAUGAAAGAGCAGCACAAGAGCCGCGAUGGAUCAUCGAGAAGUUGGAUGGAUGACUACGACUAUGUUCACUUACAGGGAAAAGAAGAGUUUGAACGCCAACAAAAGGAACUUUUAGAAAAAGAGAAUAUAAUUAAACAUGGCAAACAACAGCUGGAGAACCAUCAGCUGAGUCAGUUUCAGCAGCUGGAGAAAGAGAUUACCGCGCCAGUGGAAAAUGAUAUCUCAAAGUGGAAAUCACCACACAGCAUCCCAGCCGAAAGUAGCUCUCUGGCACCUGAAGAUAAACAACUGCUUUCUUUUUACUCGGAGCAGUGUGAGACACUCUUCAUAUCACUCCUGAAUGCAAUCGACGCCUUUUUUAACUGCAUGAGCACAGCUCAGCCACCAAGGAUUUUUGUUGCUCACAGCAAAUUUGUAAUUUUAAGUGCUCACAAACUUGUGUUUAUUGGGGACACGCUGUCUAGGCACGUUGUGACGCAGGAUAUUAGUAACAGACUAAUGAAUUCCAGCAGCCAGCUGUGCGAACUGCUUAAGAACAUUGUCAUGGCUACCAAAAUGGCCGCCUUGAACUAUCCCAGCUCUGGAUCAUUACAAGAAAUGGUGGACCGUGUGACAGAACUGUCUAACCAGGCACAACAUUUUAAACUUUCAUUGGCCCAGAUGGCUUCAUUGUGAUGAAUGAUAUUGGUACUCAUACCUAUGUACAUUUCUUGUGAAUAACUUACUAGAAAUACAUUUUAUUCUAUAUAUAUAUAAAUAUAUAGUUAUAUAUAUUGUUAUAUUUUUGUAGAUUUUUUUUAUGAUUUAAGUAAAAAAAAGUGUUUUGUUAAGAUGUGUUUUUAACACAUUAUUUAGUUACUGCCAUAAAAUAUGCGUUGUCUGCCACAUAAUAUUUCCCAUUGUCAUCCCUUACAUUGAGCAUGUAAUAUUUUGUGUAAAGAGAUUAAAUGAAAGCUAUACAAGCAA